AUGGUCGACGCAUUUAAAAAGCGAAAACUUGCUGCAGCUUUUGCUAUAUUCAUCAGUCUUGACGAGCAAGAAAAGAAGCCCACUCGUGGAAGAACUCGUCGAUGGAUUAAAAGACGCGGAGAGAUAGGUUACUUUAAUACUAUCGUUAGAGAAUUGAUGAUGGAAGACACUGCGUCGUAUUGCGAAAUGAUGCGAAUGUCAUAUAAAGAUUUUAAAUACAUACUUCAAGAGAUUGCAUCGCUCAUUACUCCACAGAGAAUCAACGGAGGGCAAAGAGUAAUUUCCCCCGCAGAAAGAUUAACAUUAACUUUAAGAUUCCUGGCCACAUGUGAAACAUUCCGAAGUAUGAGCUUCCAGUUCAGAGUAUGUGUGGCUGCAAUAUCAUACAUUAUUAAAGAAGUUUGCAAGGCCAAAAUUAAGCAUCUUGGACCAAAAUUUUUCAAAGUUCCCUCAACCAAUGAGCAAUGGCUUGAAAUAGCUUCUAAGUUUGAAGAAAGGUGGAACUAUCCAAAUUGUAUUGGAGCUAUAGAUGGGAAGCACAUUGUGAUGCAGCCACCUGCGAGUGUGGGCUCCUAUUACUACAACUAUAAGCAUACUCAUUCCAUUGUACUCAUGGCUAUAGCUGGACCUGAUUAUGAAUGCAUCUAUGCUGAUGUUAGAACAAAUGGAAGAGUUUCGAUGGUGGAGUCUGGAAAAGUGUGGACUUUCCAAGGCAAUAGAAGAUGGUGCAGUGUCUCUUCCUCCACCAAAGUUGUUACCUUUAGGGAUGGUUGA